AUGUCUGGUGGAGUCCUUAGCUUGGUGAAGUUACAGUCUGCUCACUUGCGAGAACUCAAGCUUCAUGGGGCUGAGAUUACUGAUGCAAGUUUGUACGGUAUCUCGCAGUGUAGGGAUCUGCGAUGUCUGGAAAUCUCAUCCUGCAAGCGCUUGACAGACCAGUCACUGCAAUACUUGAAGAACUGUCAUAAUCUUGAACACCUACGAUUGAACAAUGACUCUGACUUCACUAAGGCCGGAUUGAGUGCAUUCUUCAAGUCGGGGACAUUGGCACAUCUUCAUACCCUUGAUCUGAAUAAGUGUAUAGCUAUCGAUGAUAAUAUGGUGUUGGACAUUGUGCAGUGCUACGGCCCCUGCCUGUGCAAGCUUUCAUUGAGGUUAUGUUCGAACAUCUCUGACAGGGGACUGGCAUCUAUUAUGGAUCACUGCUGCGAAUUGACGCAUCUGGAUUUGAUGGAUAAUGACCAUAUACUGGGUGAACGCCUAGAGAGAAUUCCAGAGGACUUGCCAAAACUGCGUAACUUAAACAUACAAUACUGCAAAAGGAUUGUUGAGAGCAUAAUAGAAGACUUGGAAAGAAGAAAGCCAAACCUUUUCGACAGGUAUAUACAGUAUGUCAAUCUCAUACCUUGUUUCAUUCGGGAACGUCAGGGUGACGAAAGCAGUCGAUAACGUUCAGUAACCAACAAUCUUUAUGGACGUGCAGCGUUUAGGAACAUGCUUUAUAGUGAUAGGCAUUUUGUUAGUAACACAUGUGGGUGUAGAAUUUGUUUCUGCCAAUACAAGUAAGUGAAUGUUGUGUAUUGUUUGCUGUCUAUAAUUAAAAGAUAAUCGCGAUUUUGUAAAUUAACAUUAUUUAAAAAAUAUACUGGCUUAGACAAUUUUAAAUAUAUGAAUUUACAUUUCCUACAUAUAUUAUAUACCCGGU